AGAACAAGUUUUACCAGCUGCCUUCUUAUGGCGCAAUUCUGUUAUGAUUAUUUCCUGAACACAUUGGUCUGAGCCGGAGGUUUAUGAGGAAAAAAUUCAGGAAGUGGAGAGUUAACAAAUGCGAGCUCAGUAUAUAUAUUGGUAUGGGAGUGGAUAAUCAUCCUGUAUAUAUAAUAGGCAGAGGCAGGUGGCAGUAAGACGCAGAGUGCUGCCCUGGAUUACGCUGCAGGGAUUUGCCAGGUAAUUCCUGAAGCCAAAAGCUGAAGCUGAGAUGGGGAAGAUGCUGCUACGGGCUGGCUUGGCCAUUCUUGUGCAGUUGCAGCUGGGCUCUGCCUAUAAACUUGUGUGCUACUUUACUAACUGGUCUCAGUACAGGACUGGACCAGUCAAGUACACUCCAGAAAAUGUGGACCCAUUCUUGUGUACCCACUUGAUCUAUGCUUUUGCUGGGAUGGAUAACCAUAAGAUCACUACUGUGGAAUGGAAUGAUGAAACCCUCUACAGGCAGUUCAAUGCCCUAAAGGAGAAAAAUAAGAAACUUGUCACACUCCUGGCUGUUGGAGGUGGAAGCUUUGGUACCCAAAAAUUUACUGCCAUGGUUUCCUCGUCUGCUAAUCGCAAAACAUUCAUCAAUUCGGUGAUUGAUUUUCUCCGCAAGUAUAAGUUUGACGGGCUAGAUCUUGACUGGGAAUAUCCUGGUUCCAGGGAAAGCCCUCCAGAGGACAAGCGUCGCUUCACCAUUUUGGUUCAGGAAAUCGUAGCAGCUUUUGUUGAAGAAGGACAAAGAACAAGACGUGCAAGGCUGUUGGUUUCAGCAGCUGUGUCUUCCAGUAAGGACACCAUGGAUGCUGGAUAUGAAGUUGCUGCACUGGGGAGGAGUCUUGAUUUUAUCAAUGUGAUGACCUACGACUUCCAUGGAAGUUGGGCAUCUGUCACAGGACACAACAGCCCCUUGCACAAGGGCUCGGAUGACUAUGACAAAGUUCCCUUCUACAACUGUGAAUAUGCUAUGAAAUACUGGCAAGACAAUGGUGCCCCAGCUGAGAAACUCAUUAUGGGAUUCCCAACGUACGGACGAACUUUCAAGCUUUCUACUACAAAUACUGGGGUUGGUGCUCCGGCUUCCGGGGGUGGAUCUCCUGGGGCCUAUACUGGUGAAUCUGGCAUCUUGGCUUACUUUGAGGUUUGCAUGUUCUUAAAAGGAGCCACCACCAGAUGGAUUGAAGCACAGAAGGUCCCAUAUGCCUUCAAAGACAGAGAGUGGGUCGGAUAUGACAAUGUGAGAAGCUUUGAGAUCAAGACCCAGUUCCUGAAGGAGAAGCACUAUGGAGGAGCCAUGGUUUGGGCUCUUGGCAUGGAUGACUUCACUGGCUCUUUCUGCGGUGAAGGAGCCAACCCUCUUGUAGGGAAGCUGAAGGCUCUCCUUGGAAACUGAGAGCCAAAUCAUUGGACAAGGAAGGAGCCUAGCAGGGAGGGAAACAUCAUAUUUAUUGUCCAGGGACCUGAUCCAAUGUCCACUGAAGUCAAGGGGAGUUUUUCUAUUGACUUCAAUGGGUGUUGGAUCAGGCCCUAGUUGCAGAAACGACUAAAAUCUGUUUUCCCUAAUCUGUUUUUUUUUUUUGGAUUCAGACACCUGUAAAUAAAUUCUGUGCUGAAAAAGCUGCCACUGUGUACCAGGAUGCAAGGGCCAAGCCGACAUUCUGGCUGUGGAGCAGAAGUUACUGCAUUCAGUCUGGUCCUUCAGACCCAUUCCAUAUGCUGCCAUAGUCUACGUAUGAACCCUCUCAUGAAACAGUAGAGAUCAUUCUAAUUAUGUGUGAAAUAUACCAAGAGAGACCUAGCUCCAAGCCUCUUUGUCCCCAAACCUCCAAACUCUGGUGAAAUUCAACAUUUAGAUUUAGCCCAUAUCUCUGUAGUGGGUCAAACCAAACCUAUCAACAGCCCAGAAAUUUGGGGUAUCGAGAGGUGGGACCAUGUUCCAGAAAGAGUUCAGGUCUAGGCUUUCACUAGAUCACAUAGUCUGGCUAGCCCAUUUCAGUACUGCAUUGAUUCUGAAUCUUGGGAUUGCAUAAAAUAUGCUGUGCACAUUUUGCUUUGGAACCCCGAUUUAAUGUGUCUCAAAAUGCUGUAGCAUUCCUAUAGUAAGCACUCUUGGAGUCCCCUCGGUUAUAAAUAAAUGCAACCAAAAGCAAGACAAUAUUGCCUUAUUCAUGAGAGUGAUUUGCUUUGUGUUUGCGGCACCAUAUGAAUUCCCUUCAGUUUUCCUUCAAUACUACAAAGAUGAGCUAUUUUAUGAUUUCAUCAGUGCCUAUUGCAGGGUGUCUUGCACCUUCCUCUGAAGCACCUGCUGUACUGGUCAUUGUUGGGGACAGGAUAUUGGACUAGACGGGCCGUUGCUUACGUCUGACUUUCACUUCCCAGGUCAGCAGGCUUUGGGAGAUCAAGUUCCCAAGCCCAAAGAGGAUGAGUCACCUUUAUGCAGCUGUAAAGCCAGCUGAUUUGAAUGAGAAACAAUUAUUCUGAAAAAAAAUUGGUUUCUUCCUCACCUGAAGGACACAAUUAAGCCUAGUGUGGGGAAAUAAGACUUAUAAGAAGCUAAUGCUGGGAUGAGUGAUAGGUGAGAAUAGUGGUGCUGGAGGGUUGGUUCUGUGCCCUGUCAGUCAGGAAUAAUAGCUUAUGGGGAGAAUGGAGAAGAAUACAUUGGGUUCAUGAACAUUACUGAUACAAUGCAAAUUCCAGCCUUGCUUCUGUAGAUAUUUCUUCGGGGCUCUGGAGUGUUGUUAGCUUGGAAGAAAAUCUGAGCAGCUUUUUAGCACACUACCUUGUCUCCCAAUGGCUGGCUAGUUCUUCUCCAGUGAAUUCAUCAAUCAUUUUCUAAAUCAAGUUCAAAUACACAAGAGGGAACCUGGGCCUUUCAGAUAACAGCAUUUGCACAGUGCUGGCACAGUGUCUAUGCCAAGGAGGAGUGGUUGAGAGAGCAGCUAAGGGAGAGUCCAGUGGCUGUAGAGAUUGGGCCAUAUGUAAUCUCAAGGUAACAGUUUACUGUUCCCAUGAAGGUCACUUGCAUUAGUUUUUGGCAUCCUGUGCAUUAUGGUGAUACUGUAUUGAUCACCCCUCUAUAGAAAACCUUCAGCUCUUUCUUAUAUAACUUGCUCAGGUACACAUAUUCAGCACAAGCAAAUAGAGGCAGAUAGGGGUACCGUUGCUUUGGGGCCCACACAUCCCAUACAAGUUCUGCAACUCACAGGCCACCUGUAUAUCCCUCUCCAGUGGUAGGCAAAAGGGGAGGGACAAAAUCACCAGUCGAGACCUACUUUUGCAGGAGAACUGGAGUGGGAGGAAAAUGAUGGCUUGAUACCAUCUUUCUGGCUACAUGGUGGCAAAGUGUCAGGCUGUUUUUUGACGAUAUUUGUCUGUUAUGUCUUAUGUGAUGUUUCUGUCACUGGUCGAUUUACUAUUAUUAUUUAUUUUAUUACUCUUAUUUAUAGAACUGACAAUUUCUUUUUCAAUUUUCAAAAUUAAAUUCAAAACUUCAAAAAAAAUUUCAAUGUUUGACAAAAUGUCCCAGGAAUUUUCCCCUUAUUUCUUCUGACAAGCUGGUCAAGAAAUUUCUAAAAUUUCAAAAUUUAGAAUUUAUGAAUUUUUAAAAAACAAAUCAGCAAAAAUAUUUUGGGAAACAAUUUUAUGACAUUUUCCCCCAUUUCCCCUCCCCCACCGAUCUCUGUGGAUUUAUAAAGUUCCCUCUGUCCAGUAGCCUGGGAUACUGAAGAGAUAAUUGCAAGCCAGUAAUACCUAUAAUCAUUAAUAAUAUAACUCCACCAUACCUGGUCCCAAGCCCAAUUGAAAAAGGAGGAUGGUGGCAUCAUCUUGUCAGCUGGCUAUAAAAAUCUGCCAUAAACUGAAACUAUGAGUCCUCAAGAAUGAGGGAGUGCAGGGUCAGAUGGCUUGGUCGUGGAAUGCGCUGUCCUGACAAUUGUGUGGGUAAGAGAAUCCAACAGAUCAAGACCAAAGGAAAAAGACCAGAGGGCAACCCACGAAGAAGUGAUGGAAUGUCAUAGAGAAGACAUGUUAGCAUAUGAUGUGACUGAGGAUCUGUCAUUGAACAGAGCACUCUGGCAGGAGGGGGUUUGUAGGACGGACCCCAUGUGAUGGAAUUAAUAGAAGGGAGAAGAUUAAUAACACAACUGAAAUUUCAUACAAUCCAAAAUAUACUAAAGAUCAAAUUGAUGUGGCAUCAUCAUUACAAGGAGAUAGAAAGAGAGCUCAACACAGAGGCUAGCAAUGAUACAAACAGAAAACACAUCUGAAAGGGAGUUUUUUCAGAGCCCUCUAAAAGCAGGGAGGGACCAUGCUCUGGUGGAAGUAGCUUCCACGGUCCAGGGGCCAUCACAACUGCUUGGCCACGUGUUGAUGGAGAGCUCCGCAGUGGAAGCCCCAAGAAGUAAACACUGUUAGAGAAUAGAGAGCUUUUAGGCUAAGGCUCACGGAGGUCGGGUAUGGUCAAAAAGGGCAUAACGAGAACCAAUGGAUGGAAGCUGAAGCUAGACAAAUGCAGACUAGAAAUAAGGUGCAAAUUUUUUGGAGUUUUUAGUUUAUUAUUUAUAUUACGAUAGCACCGAGAGGGCCGAGCUGAGAUCGGGGCUCUGCAACACAUAUCCAUAGUAAGGGACAGUCCCUGUCCUGAAGACCUGAGAAAAUGGACAAGACAGUAAAAGAUGAUCAUCCUCAUUGCACAGAUGGGGAAACUGAGGCAUAGGGAGAUCCCAUAAUUUGCCCGAGGUCACACAUGGAAUCUGUGGCAGAGCAGGGAAUUGAACAAAGAUCUCCUGCAUCCCAGUCUAGCUGUAGGCUGGGAGAGGAUGGCUCAUGGAGCUGGCUUUCCACAGGACAGAAGGAAAGAUUUUGCCAUGCAUAAUGUGUUUUAAAACUGACAACCGCUGUUCCAAAAAUCAAAAACAUCCAGUUU